AUGGCGACUCUGUCUGUGGUGCGAGACGAAUUCUGGCCGCUAAGCGGUCGGCGAGCUGUCAGAAGUGUGGUUCGAAGCUGUCUUCGCUGCUGUAGAGCCAAUCCCCAUCCUAUCCAGCAGCCCAUUGGCCAGCUUCCCGUUUCCCGAGUAACCGCAAAUGAAGCAUUCGCUUGUACGGGUGUUGAUUAUUGCGGCCCACUUUUUUUGAAGCCAACUCAUCUAAAAGGUCCAUCCCGCAAGUGCUACGUUGCAGUUUUCGUUUGUCUGAGUACAAAAGCCGUUCACUUAGAGCUAGUGAGUGACCUGACCACCAACGCGUUCCUGAUGGCACUGAACCGAUUUAUUGCGAGGAGGAACAAGCCGAAUCAUCUGUACUCAGACAACGGAACCAAUUUCAUCGGCGCCAAAAAUGCACUUCACCAACUGUACACAAUGCUGCAUUCUGAAACAGACUGCGAUCGAAUCUCCCGACACUUGGCUGAAGACAACAUCCAGUGGCACCUCAUCCCGCCCCGUGCUCCCAACUUCGGUGGCCUCUGGGAGGCCGCAGUUAAGGUCGCCAAAACCCAUCUCGUACGCCAGCUUGGGACCUCUCUUCUCAGCUAUGAGGAGCUGACCACUGUGUUGACCACCAUCGAAGGUUGUAUGAAUUCCCGCCCGUUAACAGCUCUCUCCAAGGAUCCGAACGACCUUCAAACCCUUACGCCCGCGCAUUUUUUGGUGCGUAAAUCGAUGAGCCCGCUUCCCGAACCCGACGUGCGUGACAUCCCGAUGAACCGACUCAGCCGCUAUCAGCUGCUGCAACAGUAUUGGCAGAAUUUUUGGCAUCGAUGGCGAAACGAAUACCUGAAGGAGUUGCAAACCCAGCAAUCUGCCAACCCAAAGCGAUAUCAGCUGAAGACCGGUGAAGUGGUGAUCCUGAAGGACGAAUCGCUCCCUCCUACGCGUUGGCCGUUGGCGCGUAUCCUGGAGAUCUUCCCCGGACCCGAUGGAAUUUCCCGAGUGGCUACUCUUCGAACAUCGAGUGGAAUCCUGAAGCGAGCUGUAUGUAAAAUUUGCCCAUUGUAUGUUUGA